AUGUCGUGUGUAGAUGUCUCACUGUCUAACGCCACUCAGGGAGAUACGGUACUGAUGGUGACCAGUUGUCCGCCUGGUACGGAAGACGAUACGGCAUGUGUAACCAAGGACUAUGACAAUGCCAACACAAUAACGGAAGUUCCUGUUUCUUCAUCUAAAGAAACAGUUGUCUUUAAGAAUAUUGGGUGUGCAGCCUGUCACGGACAAAAGAAUAAUUUAACUAAAUGGAAUUUCAAAAUGGAAUGUGAUCGAAUUGUAGACAUAAACCACAUGUCCAGCUACAAGGAAAUAUUCCAGGCUGGCCUCGAUAACAUGUGUAACAUGAGUUAUCAGUCCUCCCUUUUAUUUGAUCACUUCAGGUGCUCCCCAGAACACAGCUCUCCCGCUCUCAAACAGUGCAACAUGACUGGACAAUGGGAGGAAUAUGAUUCACAUAUAGACUGGGCAUGCCGAAAUUUCCAGAAACCUUACCGAGGGUUUGAAAACAUAUUCUGUUUUGCGUGUAAUCCGGGUAAGCGAUCAGGAGAUGACCGACUGAUCGCUGGCUGUAAUAAGACAGGGAUGUGGAACCCGUAUGAUUUAGAGUUAGAAAAGGCAUGUCUGUACUAUCCGACAUUACAAAUAGCAUACCCUUAUAAAAACAGAUACUGUUAUUUAUGUAACCGGAGAAACAAUAUGUCAGACAUCUUUAUGGACGCAAAAACCAGUAUUGAACUGGAGAAAUGGGAAACACUCGACAACAGCUAUGAAUUGAUUCUUGGGAUACAGUCUUUUCGGCAUCAAUAUAUAUACCAAGCAGAUAUACACAGUGUCAUGUUAAACUCGACUGCCACUCUGUCCGAUGAUCAUUACAGUACCUACAAAAAUGUGUCCAAACUAUUAUUUCUUUACUUCUUACAUUACGGAAACAAUGGACACUGUCCAGAAGAAGGAGACGACACGAACGAAGCGCACCAGCAAUGCACGUGCAGUUUAUCGUGCGUGACGUCAUCGCGUUGUUGUGCUGAGUUUGCAUUGAGUGGCCCUGUAGUAAAUGCCAACGAAUUCAAAAACUCACUUUCGGUUUCAAAAUGUUACAGAAAUUAUGAAUUAAGUAAUUCUACACUACAAGAAAAAUGUGAAACAACCCAGCUAUCGAAAGGCAUUUUUCAGAUUCCGGUCAGGUCCAGGAACUCGGAUAUUCUUUAUCGUAACGUGUACUGUUUGCUGUGCAACGAAGGUCAGGAAAAAACAAACAGCCCCCAAACCAAACCGAAAUAUGAUCCACUAGAUCUCCAUAUUAGGUGCAAUGUUACAUUUCUAACAGAACGAUACAUAUUCUUAGAAAACUUGCUGAAAGAGUUUGAUCAAAUGGAAGGCCAAGGUCAAUAUUGUACAUUUUCGACCGUUUAUGAUCGUUAUGAUGAUAAGAAACCAGUUCCGUCUACAAUUGACAAGUGUAAUGUAACAGGUGAAUGGGACAUAUAUGAUUCCGAUAUAGAAUGGGCUUGUCUGAACUACAACCAUGACAUUACUAGCGAUCACUACUCUGAAAUCUAUAAAAAUAUUUUCUGUGAGAUGUGCAACAAGGCUCUUGAUACAGACCUGGAGUACACGUCGUGUGAAACAAAUUCUACUAUCGCUGACGACUGUGAAAGGUUCCCACAGGUAACUUCUAUGAAGCCGUAUAAAAAUAUUUUCUGUAUGAUAUGCAACUACAUUUCGCCUUCCACAAAGUUAGCGACUGCAGGUGUGGUGGUCGACGUAUCUGAUAUAAGACCAGGCGGGUGCCAUGACCGAAGGACCGACGGAGAUGGAGAUGGAGGAAUAAGUCUAAUAACGGCGACAGUCAGAGAUUUAUUUUCUAUCAGCAUGGCACCGGAGUUUCUUGGCGAAGUGGACCAUGUUAUCGAUACAUACGGAAAUCAUUGUUUGGAAAACGAAAUAUAUGACAUGGAAAAGGUAGGCAAUUACUUUUUGACAAAAGGAAUAUACUUUGUACCCUGA